CUGUGUCUCCUGCUGCCGUGGUUCCGGUCCCGGAGGCGUCGUCUCGAGAGGAGUCGGGUCGCUCGAUGCGUUCGUUCCGUGCGCGCCACCUGAAGCGCCUAGUGGCCACCCGCUGGCAGAACACCGUGCUCGGAACAGACCGCGCCGCCGCCGCUAAACCACGCCCCCCGGAACCAGACCACUCCCUCUCCGACCCCUUAGCCACACCCAACAUCCGGCGAAAGCCGCGUAGCAAGCUGCUGGGAGAUGAGGGGGCUGGGACUGGUGGCUUUGGAGCAGGAGCACGCCAGCGCUACGUCACCAAGGACGGCAAGUGCCGUGUGAACCUGGGCCCCAUCGAGGAUAAGCUGCGUUUCCUGUCGGACAUCUUCACUACGCUGGUGGACCUGCCGCUGCGCUGGUUCCUGGUGGCGUUCUCCACCGCCUACCUGUCCACCUGGCUGGCCUUCGCACUGCUCUACUACCUGGCUGCCCGGCAGCACGGGGACCUGCCACACACGUACGGGAUCGACGGGCAUGACAGUGACACCACGCACACGCCCCACGCCACACGCCCGUCACACGCCUGCUUUGAGAACAUGGAUGGCUUCCUGGCCGCGCUGCUGAUGUCUGUGGAGACACAGCGCACCAUUGGAUACGGCAGCCGACAGGUGUCGUCCCAGUGCCUGCAGGGGGCAGUGUUGAUCAUGCUGCAGUCUAUUCUGGGCUCCAUGAUCGACGCCUUGACGGUGGGCUGCAUGUUCGUCAAGAUCUCGCGGCCGCAGCAGCGAGCCCAGACGCUACUGUUCAGCCACCACUGUGUCAUCGCCGAGAGGGACGGACGGCUGUGUCUGUUGUUCCGCAUUGGAGACCUGCGUCAGAGCCACAUGGUGGAUGCCAAGAUCCGUGCCAAACUCAUCAAGUCCCGCCAGACCAGCGAGGGAGAGUUCAUACCACUGGAGCAGUCCGAGAUCAACCUGGGGUAUGACACGGGGGGAGACCGGCUGCUGCUGGUGGAGCCUCAGACCAUCACCCAUGUCAUCAGUGACAGCUCCCCCUUCUGGACCGUGAGCGCCACUGCACUGCAGAGGGAACACCUUGAAAUCAUCGUUAUACUGGAGGGCAUUGUGGAAACAUCAGGCAUGACGUGUCAGGCGCGUACGUCCUAUACGGAGGAUGAGAUCCUGUGGGGGCAUCGCUUUGAGAGCUGCAUGCUGUUGGAAGAGGGCUGUUUCAGAGUGGACUACGCCGCCUUCCACAAGACCUUCGAGGUCCCCACCUCACCCCUCAGCGCACAGCAGAGGAGUCUAACACAGGAAUCGUAA